AUGUCCUCCCCCGUCGACGUCCUAAUCAUCGGCGGCGGCCCCGCAGGCCUAACCGCAGCUCUAACCCUCGUCCGCCAGCAGCACACAGCCAUUCUGUUCGACUCGGGAAGCUACCGCAACGGGGCCGCCGAGCACAUGCACAUGAUCCCAACGUGGGACCACAAGAAUCCAGCUGAAUUCCGGGCGAAAGCGAGAGCCGAGAUCCAGGAGCAUUACGAUACCGUCGAAAUCGUUGAUGUCACGCUCACGAGCGCUCGCAAAAUCAAUGACUCGCUGUUCGAAGUUGCGGAUGCGAGCGGGAGGAUGUGGCGGGGGAGGAAGGUUAUCCUUGCGACGGGGUCUGAGGAUGUUUUCCCUGAUAUACCCGGGUAUGAAGAGGGAUGGGUGAAGAGAAUCUACCACUGCCUCUACUGCAAAGGCUACGAAGACCGGCACGCCGCCCGCUCCGGUGUCCUCGCCAUCCAAGCAGCGUCAAUCGCCCCAAUGGCAAUCCACCUCGCCGAAACCGCUGCGAGCCUAAGCUCUACCGUGACGAUCUACACACACGGCGCGACGGAGCUCGCCGCCCAGAUCCGUUCUUCGCUAGGUCAGGGCAGCGGUGCUCAAGACUCGAACACGAACGUCUUCAGGGUCGAUUCCCGGCCCAUCUCGCGCCUCCGCGUCGUUGAGACAGCCGGUACCCUGACGGGGAUUGAAAUAUCCUUCGCAGACGGCAGCACCUCCCUCGAAACCUUCCUCGUGCAUAACCCAUUCACGAAAACAAAGGGCCCAUUCGCUGUGCAACUCGGCGUUGAAACGGGUCCGAGUCCGCGUCCCGACACCGCACCUGGCGACGUCGUGGCCAACUUUCCAUUGUACCAGACGAGUGUCCGUGGAGUCUUUGCGGCGGGGGACUGUGUCACGCAGUACAAGGUUGUGGCUGGGGCGAUUUCGAGCGGGUGUAAUGCGGCUGUUGCGACGUCGGCGCAGCUUUUGGCGGAGAGGUUUGGACAUGCGUCGCUUGUGUGA